AUGGUGAGAAUUAGCAGAGUGUUGCUAAAAUACGCCGGAUUUGCAAUCGACAAGACCCUCUCGGAGAUUCUGGUGUGUCCUCUCUCUAAGCAACCCUUGAGGUUUUGCGAGAAGACGAAAUCAUUGGUCAGCGAUACUAUUGGCGUCUCUUUCCCUAUUAAAGAUGGGAUUCCAUGCUUGGUUCCAAAGGAUGGAAAAAUGCUUGAGGAAGAAGGCGAUACAUCAAAGGCUUAA